AGCCUCCUUGUCUUGCCGGUUAUCAACGCGUAGAAACUUGGUAGGGCGUGCAGGUAUGGAUGUUAUAAAAUACACGUGUAUACAUGUGUAAAUAUUGUAGCUAACAUCCACUGAACUGCGGCAAUAUGGAUAGGGUGGCGUGAGAAUAGUGGCACGCGUCGGGCUUGUUUGAAUCGAGUUUACACAACUAUUUGUGGUACUACUACCAUCAACUUGAAUCGACAAGAAAUCUAGCAAAUUCGCUACAAUGUCCUCUCGAGUAAACGACCUCCCUGCUGAGCUUAUCGACAAGAUUGUCUCGUGUAACAGUGAUGAUACGGCGUCGUUACGCGCCUCGUCUUGCAUCUCCAGACCCUGGCGCGCAGCUUCUCUCCCGUACCUCUUUUCUUUUGCCCUUUUCUCGUCGCACAAGGAUUUUGCCCGUUGGCGCACUAUCCACUCGUCCUGUCCCUUUUUCCUAGAUUUCGUCCAGACAGUCAAGUAUGAACCCGCACAAGAUGAGGCGCUCUCAAGACUAGUCACGAACGUUCUCACGACACUUCCCGAAAUGGCGCAUUUUAGGGCCCUUGCAAAUGUCAUGACACACCCGCCCAACUACUCCCCACUCCCUCCGGACAUCAACAUUUCUUGCAUGCCAAAGGCACGAAAGCUUUUAUGGGAUACCCUUCUUCCUUACGGAGUCAGCGUCACUCCAGAAACACGCCAAUUCAUAUCGGCUUUCCCUGCCAUCCAAGACCUUCAUUUCUCUGGACCAUUCUCCAGCACUUCAAACGGCAUAGAGUUUCUUUCGCUUUUCAAAAACUUGCAAAAACUUGAGUUAGAUGGAAUAGCAUUUGUGGGUGGACUUUCCCCGCAGGCCUUCAAAUAUUCAGGAGACAUGUCGGCGCUCAGAGAUUUCUCUAUCAGAGACUGCCGUAUGCCCGCGGAUUGGAUCGUGGACAACAUUUUUGCGGUUUCGCCUCCGAAGAACCUUCGGCGCAUUACCUGUGAAAGUACUAAUUCCCCCUUCUCCCCCAAGGCGUUCGCUCGUCUCUUAGACCUGGCAUCUGAUUCACUGGAGGAAUUUGCGUUCACACCGCCAAUUAAAGCCACAGCCGAACCCGACUGGCUCCGCCUUCCUCCCUUUUCCAAACAGUCUUUCAAAAGGCUCCACUCUCUGACCUUUGUCACUAUCCAGCUUGGUUCGGAACCAUUUGACCCGGCGUUCACACUGCAAUGGUGUACGACGGCACUGAAAAUUAUACCUUCGGCUCCCAAAUUCCGGCAGCUUGUCAUGCAUACCUAUGCCCCAUCAGUUUAAAGAAAUAACGAAGGAAGGAUUUUUCAACUGGGAUCAUUUGGCGGAGGCGGUAUCCCGGCUGUAUCCCGAGCUGAAGGAGUUCGUGUUCCGGGUGUCCAUGGAG